AUGGCAUCAUCUCUCGCUCUUAGGAGACUUCUAUCCUCCUCCUCCGUCGUCCCGCGUUCCCGUUGCCUUCUUCGUCCAGAGGUUACCUCUCGUCUCCUCAACACCAACGCCGUCCAGAGCUACGACGACGGCGAAAAUACCCACGCCGUCGAUGUAGACCGCCGAUCUGAUCGGUCACUUUCUCGCCGCCGUGAUGAUUUCUUCCCAGAUGUGUUUGAUCCGUUUUCGCCGACGAGGAGCGUGAGUCAGGUGCUGAAUCUAAUGGAUCAGUUCAUGGAAAAUCCUCUGUUAUCAGCGACGCGUGGUAUGGGAGCUCGGCGUGGUUGGGAUAUUAAGGAGAAGGACGAUGCUCUCUACUUGAGAAUCGACAUGCCUGGACUGAGCAGAGAAGAUGUUAAGCUGGCUUUGGAGCAGGACACUCUGGUGAUAAGAGGAGAAGGCAAAGAUGGUGACGAGGAAGGAGAGAGUGGGAACCGGAGUUUCACGAGCAGGAUUGGUUUGCCGGGGAAGAUUUACAGGAUCGAUGAGAUUAAGGCGGAGAUGAAAAACGGAGUGUUGAAAGUGGUGAUUCCGAAGAUGAAGGAAGAGGGAAGAAAUGAUGUGCGUGAGAUUGAGGUUAAUUAA